AACAAACAACAACGCUGUUAAACUUGCUGCUGAUAUGAUUUGCCAGACCCUAAAUAACCAAAUAAAAUCUAAUUAAAAAAAACGUGGGCUAUUGUUUGUGUUUGGAGAUGAUGUAAUACUUAUUUUUAAAUCAUUUCUGAGUGCAGGGUGUUGAACAAGUGUUUAGCAUGUCUGCCUCACAUAUUUGUUUUGGCUUGAUUGUUUUCCUUGUGCUUGGCUAGGUUUUCUCCAGUUACUCAGGCUUCCUUCCAAGUUCCAAAAACAUGCAUGUUAAAUGCAUUUAAAACUAGAUUGUCCAUAUUUGUGAAUGGUUGUCCAUUUGUGUCCUCUGAUUGACUGGUGACCAGUCCUGGGUAUGCCAGGAUUCUCUCUUAAAAUCAGAUAUAAUUUGGAUGCAUGUCUGGCAAUUGGCUGGGGACCAGUUCAGAUUGCAUUACACUUCUUUCAUCAUAAUGUCAGCAAGGACUCAAAGACAAGGGCAUUGAAAAAUGGACGGAUUUCUUGCACACCCUUGCACCAACUUGAAUGGACAUCUGACAUUUUUUAGAACCCACUAAAAUGUGGGGACCUUUUUGCUUUUUUUAAAUCUUGUUCUUGUUUCUACUUAUAUUUAUUUUAUUUGCUGAUUGUGCGACAUCCACAGAUUGUUUCAAAACAAAAAUGUAGGUAGCGGAAUAACGUGACAUCACAUCCGCCGUCAGUCUCCGGAAGUACAGUUAAUUUUUAUUCACGAAAGGGGGACAAAAACAGCUGGUGUAUACGAAAUAAAGAACGCAUCAAAAAUGCCAGCCUCAAAGCGAGGAACAGAAGAGCCCCUCGAUCCUCAAGCGAAAUCGAGGAGGUUGGAUGACGAUGGCGAAGCACUCCAAUCCGAAACCGCACCAGCGAUCAACAACAUAUCUCUCAAAGAAAUCCAUACGCAUGAAAUGAUGGACGCUGUCGCUCCUCGGACCAAGAGGAAACUGUCAGAAGAAGCAGCAGCAGCAACGGAAGGGAACCCGGCCAAGUCCUCUCGACAGAGUACCCCAAUCAGCAGUAUUUUAGGUACGCCCAUCGCCAAACACACAAGUGCCUCCUGUUGGGAAGCUCCGUCAGACAAUGUAAACGCAGAGUUUAAUGUUGACAACAUGCCCGGCAAUGGCAGCAAGGAUGGACUUUUCACAGAGAGCGAUGAGCCGAGUUGCAUCCAGAAAUACUCAAGCCGAGUACAAAACAAACUGGGCUCUGACUCAACGCAGGUGAGUGAUGAGUUAGCGUCCGCUCCAACAGAAUUUGUACAGAAUGACCACAGUUACGGUAGAGCAUCAGACUCCAGUUCUAACAGCAUUUUGGAUGCUACAGAAAAAAACACAAAGGAAAUGUUACAUUUUGAAGGUGCGACUGUUGACAUCAAAUUCACAGCUGAAGAAGAAGACAGAAAAGAAGCAGAGGGCCAAAGGCCAACUGCUAAUCAUGCCCAAGCAUCGUCCUUGACAAAAUCUAAUUCAGCAACUGCUGCUGCCAUCAGAAGCCAGUCACUGAGAACGUUUUAUUCCAGCAAUGGAGAUGUACAUCUUGAAACAUUUGUUCAUGGACCAAAUUGUCAGACAGAUUCCAGCUGUGAAUCUAGAGAGACUAUUUUGAGUGUGGUAAAGCAGGAUUUUACACAAAAUACAGACCUGGAGAAGCAUGAAAUGACGGCAGGUGAUGUCUUAAUGAGACUUAAUUAUGUAUGUGGCGAAGAUCCAUUGCCUCCGACCACCAUCGGUGAAGAAAUUGUGUUAGAAAGUUGUAAUCCUCAGACUAGCAGUGAAGAAAAUCGAAUAUCCAAGUCAAAUAAAAGCCCAGAUACUCUUUUACCAGAAAGUGAUUGUGACCGAAACCCAGGGAGUCAAUUUAAAGAACUUCUAACAUCCACAUCGGAGAGCCAGACUAAAGAAAACCCGACUGUUAAAGACCCUGAUAGCAACUUGGAUAGUCAUAUUGAGAAAGUAACACCGUAUUAUCGAAAUCCGUCGAGUGAGAUUGAAGAUGGUUUUACAAUCGCGGUAGAAAGCAACUCAGACAGAUGUACCGAAGAAAAUCAAGGUAGUCUUGCUGAUGAAAAUGUGGCAUCAGCGGAGCCGGACAAAAAGCCAGUGGGCCAAAUUGAACUUGAGUGUCGUGGAACCCCAACAGGUCUGGCUGAGUCGCUUUCAAAAGAGGCCGAAGUUGUGCCAGAAGAGGUCCUCCUAGGAAAUUACAUUGCGGAGAGUUCAGUCCAAGAAAUUCUAAUCGAUCCAUCUGACGAAACCGUUGAUACAAUGGAAUCUGCUUUGAACCCAACAAGUCAUGUGAAAGCAAAUCUAAGUGGUGCAGAGUCCGAGAGAAACCCAGACAGUCCGACCGAAGAUAUUUCCAUUUUGAAGGAAACUGUUCCCACAUCGCAAGAGGUAUUAAUUGAAAGACUUAAUGCAAAUGAUCAACUAAAGGCUAGUAGAAGUCCAGCUGAUGAUAAUCGGACCGAAAGAGGUCAAAGUGGAGUAAUGUUAAUAGAUUUGUCAAUUUUGAAAGAAAAAGUUCCCACAUCACAAGAGGUCCUCGUCAGAAGUCUUGAUGCACAAAUUGAAGAAAUGCAUAUCGAGAGCCCUGUUCAAGAAAAUCUAACAGUGGGGUGCUGUAGUCAACCAGAAACUGAAAAAUAUGUAUCUGAAAAUCAGUCUCUUUCAACGGAACCCACACCACGAGAAGUCCUGGUAGACCAAUUAACUGCUGUGAGUCAAGUUAAAGACUUCGGUGAAACCCUAAAGAGUCGAACUGAAGAAAUCAAUGCAAUAUCAAUGGUGUCUGAUAUAAAGCCAGUAAACCUCGUUGAAGACAAUAUAUUAGCAAGUCCUUCGCUUUCUCAAGAAACUGAAGAGGUCUUCAGAGACAGUUUUAAUGCAAAACGUUGGGUCCAGGAGAAGCAAAUGGAAUCUGAGAGUCAAAUCCUCCCGAAUUCCUCUGAAGAAAAGAAGGAGCAAUUGCCAAAUUCACGUGAUGGCAUCAACAAAAUAACUGAGGUGUUGACACCCCACUGUGAAGUGGCCUGUGAGCAAAACAGGACAAUGGAGAUGCCCCGUGACUAUGUCAUUGUCUCUCAGCCACAGACAGAUGUGGAAAAGUCAUCGGAGGGAAGAUUAAAUGCUGCAUCACUACAGGAGGAAAUCAAUAAGCAACCCAGCCAAAAUGUUGAUGACACUGCAAAUAAGGAUAUGAUGAGCGGAAACUCCUCCAGUUUGGAAAAGGAAAAUAUGUGCUUUGAAUAUUCUGCACCAGCAAUUAACAAAAUGAACACCACGGCUUCAGCUGUUUCUGAGAACGUGCAGCAUCCUGCCUAUUCAUCGGAAAUAGACCCUUCUAAUAACAACGAACAAAACAAUCACAGUGACAUGAAUCUUGGAAUUGGUGGAUGCCUACAAAAUGAAGACGAAAUGAAUGAAAACAUCACAGAGGACUCAAACAUUUCUAAUGCAGAAAUGGUGCGAGAUGCAAACGUCCAGAAGAGCCCAGAAGUGAGUGAUCACACCACUGAUGUUACCCAAAAAGUUUUUUUACCUGAAAAUUUCAAGAACAGCGGAAUUGAAGAACAUAUCACUGUUACAGAGAAACCAGAAGAAGCACACAAGGGAGACGUAAAUCCAAAUUACCACAUGUAUGACUGUGGAAGCAAGAUCAAUUUUGACUCUGUCGCUACAACUGUGAGUCCACCUGACCACCAAAUACAAAGCACUGAAGACCUGGUGAACCCUCCGGAUGAAUCAGAAAAUCAAGUUGUCCAAGCAGAAAUUGACGUACGUCCAACAGUCGACACGCCUUCUAAAGCCGUCUUGGAAGAAAACCAGGAAGAGGCAAAAAUACUGAAUGCCCUUGAGAAUCGGGCAGAAGUAUCUGAAGACAUGGAGCAUGAGGAGUCACUUGUUCAGAAGCAUAAGACUACAUUACCAUCAGGGACUUCUUCCGAGACACAAAACCUGGAAGGUCAAAUGGUGGAGACUUCUCACUUGGAAAGACAUGAAACUGAGCUGCCACAUGAGCUUUGUCAAGAUGCUACGAGAAAUCAUUCAAAUGAAGAUGCCACAAAGAACCGUAAAGAUGCCUCUUUGCUAGGUUCUGACCCAGCAGGAACCGACGAGAAGCAAGAAGUCGCUGAACUUGCUCUAGACGUAUGUGAAGUUCAAACAGGUCCAGAUUUCACUGCAAAUGAUAACAAGGAUUCUAUACAGUGUGUCACAGAAGUAGAAAUGGUAGAAGAAGAAGAGGAUGAACACAUGAACAUAUUCUUGCAGAAUAAUGAAUUCUCAGAAAUCAUCACGAGCAGUUCAAAUGCUGCUGUAAACCAAGAAGAGAUGGACGUACCAGUAGCACCUGAUUCUGUCUUGAUUCCAGCUUCUACUGAGGAAACACAAGUGCAGAAUGCAGACGGUGUGUGUGUUAUUUCUGAGGUUCAGCUCAAGCACGUAAUACCAGAGACAGCGCACACUUUUAAUGCAGUAACAAGUGUUGUUCAAGGUGACGGGUUGGCUAAAUUGGCUGCUGUUGGUUCGGGAAAUCCUGGUCUUGAUCACUUUGCCUUGUGUGAAUCUGACCAUUCAUCAUUAGAAGAGGAGAAAAGAUGGCAAGAUGAAGACACUACUGCAAAGACAGUCAGUAAUCAUGACUCUGAAAGCGCUGAGGUCCAAGUUGUUGUUUUUGCACCAGCAGCUGACACUGCUACUAUACCCACAACUUCAGAAGAGCAGAGCGAGGCAGUCACUCAGUCACAAGCGGAAAACCAGAUCGUGUACGAGCCUAUUAGUAGUCCAGAGAGUAAUGGAGAUGCAGAUACUGUUAUAGCCUUGGAGAAGCAAUGUUUGGUGUCUUUCAAGGACAUAUCAGGUAUGCAAGACAUGGAGGAGCACUUGUCUACUAAUGAAUGCAUGGAGGUUAGUCAUUUGCAACUGGAAAAUGAGGCAAUGGCUACCGAAGAAGGAGCAGGUGGCCAAAGAGCAGUUGAAAUGGUGAAGCUCCCACCCUCCACAACUUUUCCACAGACUGAUGCAGACGGAGAAGCUGCAACACCUUUAGAGAUGCAAAAUUUGGCGUCUUCAGGGGACAUGUCAAUUACUCAAAACAUGGAAGAGUUGUCUGCAAGGAUGAAGGCAUGUCCUUUGCAGCUGCAAAAUAAAACUGCUACAGAACAACCGAGAGACAACCAAGCAGCAGUUGAAAUGGAGGACGUACAGCGGGCCGCCACAUUUUCAGAGUGUGAUGGAGAUGACGCUACUGCUUUGGAGAAGGAAGCAUGGGUGUCCUUGCAGGAAGCACCAAGUACUCAAGACAAACAGGACGUAACUGCUAAUGAAAGCGUGGAUGGUAGUCAUUUGCGACUGGAACGUGAUGAAAGCGAAAAAGAGGAACAGACAGAUGGCAAAGCAGCUGUUGAAAUGGAGGAACAGCAGACCACCAUAGUUCUAGACAAUAAUCUAGUUGGUAACAAAGAUGGAGAAGCUGCUGUGGCUUCAGAGAAGCAAUAUUUGGUGUCUUCAGAAGACAUACCAAUUACUCAAGACAUGAAGGAGCACUUGUCUCCUAAUGAAAGCAUCAAGGAUAGUCAUUAUCAUCUGGAUAAUACCAGUGCCACUAAAGAACAACCGACAGACACCCAAACUGCACUUGAAAUGGAGGAUGUACAACUGGCCACAACUGUUCCAGAACGUAAUGCCGAUGCCGCCACUGAUUUGGAGAAGCAAGAUUUUGUGUCUUUAGAGAGCGCACCAAGCACUCAAGACAGAAAGGACGACAUGCUUGCUCAUGAAAGUACGGAGGCAAGUCACUUGGGACUUGGAAAUGACAAAAGAGCGAAAGAACAACACACAGACAGCAAUGCGACAGUUGAAAUGGAGGCACAACAGACCACCACAGUUCCAGAGAGUAAUGGAGAUACCACCAUUGAUUUGGAGAAGUGCGAUUUGCUGUCUUUAGAGGAAGUAGCAAGCAGUCAAGUCACAGCAGUCAUACUCACAAAUGAAGGUGCGCGGGCUAGUUAUUACCAACUAGAAAGUGAUGAAAGUCUUAAAGAAGAGCAGACAGUCGGCAAUGCAUCAGUUGAAAUGGAGAUACAUCUGAAUGCCAUUGUUCAAGAGAACAGUUCAGAUAGAAACAAAGAUGGCAAAGUUGCUGUGGCUUUGGAGAACCAAGAAUUGCUGUCUCCAGAGGAUUUACCAAGUAACCAAGAAAUGGAGCAAGACUUGUCUCCUAAUGAAAGCAUAGAGACUAGUCCUUUGCAACUAGAAAAUGGGAAAGGUUCUGAAAAGGAACGGACAGACAUCCCAGCAGUAGUUGAAAUGGAGGAAGAACAGACCACCACAAAUUCAGAGACUCGUCAAGAGAGUAACCAAGCUAGAGAUGUUGUUUCCGAUUUAGAGAAGCAAGAUUUGUUGUCGUCAGACAUGAAGGGUGACUUGCAACUGGAAAAUGAGGAAACUGCUGAAGAGGUUCAGACAAAUUGCCAAGCAGCAGUUGAAAUAGGUGUGCAAGAGACUGCUACAGUUCCAGAGACAAGCCCACAUAGAAACCAAGAUGGAGGUGGUGCUAUGGUUUUGAUGAACCAAGAUUUGGUGUCUUCAGAGGAUGUAUCAAGUAACCAAGAAAUGGAGGACUUGUCUCCUAAUGAAAGCAUAGAGACUAGUUGUUUGCAACUAGAAAAUGAGAAAGCUGCUGAAAAAGAAUUGACAGACAUCCAUGCAGUAGUCGAAAUGGAGGAAGAACAGACCACCCCAAUUUCAGAGACUCGUCCAGAGAGUAACCAAGCUAGAGAUGUUGCAGAUGUUGAGAAGCAAGAUUUGUUGUCGUCAGACAUGAAGGGUGACUUGCAACUGGAAAAUGAGGAAACUGCUGAAGAGGAACAGACAAACAUCCAAGCAGUGGUUGAAAUAGGUGUGCAAGAGACAGCUACAGUUCCAGAGAUUAGUCCACAGAGAAACCAAGAUGGAGGUGGUGCUAUGCUCUGGUUGAACCAAGACUUGGUGUCUUCAGAGGAUGUUUCCAGUAACCAAGAAAUGGAUGACUUGUCUCCAAAUGAAAGCACGGAUACUAGUCAUUUGCAACUAGAAAACAAGAAAGCUGCUGAAAAAGAAUUGACAGUCAUACAAGCAGUAGUUGAAAUGGAGGAAGAACAGACUACCAUAAUUUCAGAGACUAGUCCAGAGAGUAAGCAAGUUGGAGAAGUUGUUGCGGGUGUAGAGAAGCAAGAUUUGGUGUCGUCAGACAUGAAGAGCGAUUUGCAACUGCAAAAUAAGGAAACUGCUGAAGAGGAACAGACAAAUUGCCAAGCAGCGGUUCAAAUAGGUGUGCAAGAGACUGCCACAGUUCCAGAGACUAGUCCACAGAGAAACCGUGAUGAAGGUGGUGGUGUGGCUUUGGAUAAGCAAGAUUUUGUGCCUAUAGGGGAUCUAUCAAGUACUCAAGACAUGAAAGAUGACUUGCAAUUGGAAAAGGAAGAAACUCCCAGUGAAAGACUGACAAAAGCAGCAGUUGAAGUAAUGGAGCUACAACAGACUUCUACAGUUCCAGAGAGUUCCACACCAUCAGCUGCAACGAUCAAUUCACCAGAUGAUUUUGCCCGCAAAGACAAAAGUGUUUCUACAGAAUGUGCGGUUGUUGCAGAGGUUUCUGAGCACCACCUGCAAGACGACCUCCCAGUGAAGACACCUUUGGCCUUCCCUGCAGCGGACCUACCAGAUGAUGCAUCUGAGGAAUAUGUCAUUCUCGAGCCAGUCCCAGAAAGCAAAAUUCACUUAGAUAUUGUCUCUCAAGCUGCAGUCGCAUCGGGUUUGUCCGACCCCUGUUUGGUGACCCAAGUGGAUCCAAAAUCUACGAUCACGGCUCCAAAUGGACCUCAACAGACCUGCAUUUUGAAGGCUGAAGAGCCGACCCCUGAGGUCAAAGUUGCUGCAGGGACACCUUCAGGUGAAGAGGCAAAAGGUCUCUGCGCACCACCUUCAAAAGAACUUACAGAACAGUUACCAUCAGACAACUUGCUUCAACCUUCAUCUGUCAUGAUAGAAACGGACAAUUCUCAAGCUCAAGGUAAGGAUAUUGUGGCGACAGAGGACAGCGGGGGUGACGUUGCCCUCCAGGAGUUGCAAAUUCUGGAAGACAUGGAGAUUGGACAUGAGAUCGUAGUGGUCGAGGUCGGGAAUGUAGAAAACAAUGACAUUACAAUUAUUGACAAAGUUGCCACUCAAGCGCCUUCUCCUCAAAAGGCCUUGGAAAGGAUUGAAAAUGAAGAUGUUUCAAAGACCAACAACUCAUCUUUAAAGCCAGACGGUGACAGCAAGGUUCUUCUUGAGAAGCCCAAGAAGCAAGAAAUGAACACCCAGGCAAGAACCAAAGCGCGUCUGGCCGCACUGGCAGAACAGAAAGCUGCUGCCAUGAAGAAGACGGCCAACAGACAGCAGCUCAACCUUUUAGCCUUGUGUCAGGAAAUUGCAGAGGAUAUAGCCACAGACAGCAUGCUGUUAAAGAGGAUUGAGGAGGAAAAACAAGCGGUAGCCAAAGGCGAGGCCGCCAAGAAGGAAAAUCCAUCUGUGAGCGCGCAUAAAGUGGCCCCUCUUGACCUCAAGCCCCAGGCUGAACCUGAAAGCUUCUCAGCGCAGGUGCCUCCUGUAGAGGAGCCCCCUGCGGUGCAGCCUCCCACUGUUGAAUCCAAGCUGGCAGUGGACCCUCCAAAGAGGCGUUUCUUUGUCUCACAAGUUUCUGUGCCUCUGAAGGCCCAUGAGAAGAAGAAGCUAACUCGAUAUCAAAGGCUAAGACAGGUCGAACUGCAAAGGGAGAAGAUGUCAUGGGCGCGCAUGAAGAAAAUGAAGUCUGACCAAGCAAAUCAAAUGUUCUCUGACAUGGACUGGCAAGCAUCAAUGUUUACGCCAGUUCAGUUUACCAUUAAUGCCACGACCACUGACCCUGCACCCAAAGCCAGUUCAUCCUCCCUUCCAAGUCCUCCCUUAAGUAGCAAACCUGCAUCACCCAAGCCAGAAGCUCCUGAGUCUCAAAAAAGUGAAGCUGCUAAAACAGAAGCACCCAAAGUGGAUGCCUCCAAGACAGAACCAGAAGGCAAAACUCAACCUGCAAAAAUAGAAACUCCUCCGACUGAACUGCCGAAAGUCGAAAUCACAAGAGUAACAAGGCAAAGUAGUAAGGCUCAGACCGCUAAGGUCACCCCUCCUGCAACUCCCACCCCUAAAGUCACCAGGUCAUCUGCCAGGAGGUCUCUGCCGGCUGUCCCCCCACCCAUGCCCAAUGGACUUAAAGCGUCAAAACCGCAGCCAGUUGAGUACAAGCCAUACAAACCGCGCCCUAGGUAUUCACCUGAUGAUUUUGAACUGGACGAUGACCCAUUACCAGUUCCUCCAAAGAGGUCUGGUCCUCUGCCUAGACCUGGCCAGCUUCGCAGUCAGUCAAAUCCCCUGGCCCAGUCGAACGCCACACCUCAGCUUGCCAGCCGAGCAAAACUUCAACCCUCAACCACUCCUGCUGGACAGAUCCCAGGUCAGUCAAAGCCCACCAUUUCAACCUCAGCUCAGUCCAAACCCACCUGCUCUCCUGCUCCACAACGUCACAUCGCCCCUACUGGCCAGUCAAACGCCUCUGCUACAUCUGCUCCUGCCAAAUCGUCGCCUUCUGAUGCAGUUCUGCAAUCAAAACCCGACUCGGCCGUGACAGGGUCGCAUCAGGCGCUGUCUGUUUUGCCCCAACUAAAAACAGCUGGCCCUGCUUCAGCUCAGACCAACCUGCCAGUGGCUUCAAACAUGUCCCAGAUGAAGCCUUGUGGUCCUCCGUCUGAUGGCGUGCCAGGUCUUGCGAAAACCCACCAGGCUGAGGCAUCAACAGACAAGGAAUGCAAGGGUACUCCUGCUUCAUCAAGUCCAACUAAAAGUCCCCCUCCCUCGGAAGAGAGCUCUAAUCCGCCUGAUUUGCAGCAAUGUGAAGGAAAGCCUGCUGUCGCUGAUCAAUGCCAAAAGACUGAUGAUACCUCUAAGACAGCCCAGGUUGACCAUGCAUCAGAAACUUCCGAUCAAGAUGGUGCGGCGAAGCAGCCAGACGUAGAGACUCUGCAAAGAGAAGUGAAGAAACUUGAUGAGGCAGACAAAGACGACAGCCAAACUAGUGAUGAUGCUGGACAGAAGCACUUUGGAGCUGUGGCCUGCAGUGUGUGUGGGAUGCUGUACUCCGCCGCCAACCCUGAGGACGAAUCGCAGCAUUUGCUCUUCCACAACCAAUUCAUUAGUGCCGUCAAAUACGUGGGCUGGAAAAAGGAGAGGAUCCUGGGAGAAUUUCCUGACGGCAAAAUCAUCCUGGUCCUGCCUGAUGAUCCCAAAUAUGCUCUCAAGAAGGUUGAAGAGAUACGGGAGAUGGUGGACAAUGACCUCGGCUUCCAGCAGGUGGGGACAAAGUCUCCCGCCCUGACCAAAACUUUUCUCUUCAUCACCAAUGACAAGAAAGUGGCGGGAUGCCUCAUAGCCGAGCACAUCAACGAGGGCUACCGGGUGAUCGAAGAACCCGAACCCGAGGGCUCGGAGGGGGAGAAGGUGAUGUUUGAGCGUCAGCGGGCGUGGUGCUGUUCCACCACGGCCGAACCGGCGCUCUGCGGGAUCAGCCGCAUUUGGGUGGUGAGCAUGAUGAGACGCCAAGCCAUCGCCUCGCGCUUGGUGGAGUGCCUCAGGAACAACUUCAUCUACGGUUCGUACCUGAGCAAAGAUGAGAUCGCCUUCUCGGACCCGACGCCCGACGGCAAGCUCUUCGCCACGCACUACUUUGGCACCUCACAGUUUUUGGUAUACAACUUUGUCAGCAGCACACACUCUCAACAGCCCAAGUCUGACUCUGUAUGACGUUCGAGGCUGGAGGCGAGGACUCGCCCUCACCAAAAGACGUCUGAUGGACCUCUGUUUGCCUCCCCGCAAAAUGGACACGCCUUGGUUCCAACCUCAGGAUGAACACAUUUACAAUUGACUUGCAAAAAUCGGAUUUAAUUUGAAGCAACCUCAAGUGGAAACGACCAAAGGAGUAUUGGGGCAAUGCCGCUGAAAAGAAAAAAAUAAUCACACUACAAGAUUCAAGGAUUUUGGAGGUAAAACUCCAAACUAUACUAUAAGUUUUCUGUUGAAAAUAUACGUUAUUUCAGGAAAACAUUUUAACCCCCAAUCACCCCCCCCCCACCCCCCAUUAUAUGACUGCUUUAAUCUCGAAGAUAUACAACUCAAAUGUACUACUUGUUUUCUCAAACUUGACUUUGUUGUGAUAUACUGUAACUAAUGUGAAAAAUUUGACCUUUAUCUCAAACAUAUGCAUCAGUUUUUGUUCAAAAAUAAUGACUGUUUAACUUUUUAGUUUGAAAAGCAGUUGGGACAAUGAAUGAAUUUGACCAGCUCAACUAUGCCAAGCUUGAAAACCGACCACGUUCUUCUCGAAAUAUGAGUUUGAUCUUGAAAACUUUAAUUUUUUUUUUCAUCUUGUAAAUGUCCAACGUAUUUCUUGUGAUAUUAUGAUUUCAAUUUGGAAAAUGUACGACUUUCUCUCUUGAAAAUUAGACUAGCUCAAAAAAGACUUUGUCUUGAAAACAUUACUAGUUUAUUCUCAUAAUGUAACCAAUUUUAUUUUGAAAAUAUGAUGCUGGAUUUCUCUCAAACAUUAAUUUUUUUAAUCCAACUUUAAUCUUGUAGUAUUUUUUUUUCUUCAGUGAGGCCCUAAAACUACUUCGGUGAAAAUGAAUCGUGUCAUCGUUAGUUUGUUUGUUUUGAAUUUUAUUCCCAUCCAUUAAUAUGUGAUCAAGUACAUGGUGAUUCCCCAUCAGUGGCUGCUCACUUUUAGACCCUUUUACUCCCUCCAUCAAAGUGUGUCACUACAUUUCAAACGAACAAUGUGAGUAUUUUGUAUCCAAAUAUCUGAAGAAAUGUUGAGAACUGUAACUUGGGCCUUUGUUUUUUAAUUACUUUUUUAAGACUACAUUUUUGCUUGUUGUUAUUCAAAAGUGAGCCAUACACUGUUCGCCAUUAAGGCGGCGGGGCAUUGGAACCUGAAUUAUAAGGUGUUUUUUUUCCUUUUCUAAUUUCCAACAGGCUGUCCAUUUUGCUUUGAUGUUGUGCCUGAUUUUAAUUAACGGUGGCUUUCUUUCUUUUUUUUUUUUUUUUUUACAUAGCACACAGCACCUCUUUUUCCUUAACUUACACUGUACUAUAUGAGAAAUGGUCAUGUAGAUAAAUGCGUAGUCUAACAUUUAUAAUAAACAAUUGUGGAAAUUCCUCAAAGCUACCCGCCCUCCCUCGUAUGACUUUGUGCAUAGAUGAGAUUUAUACCAAAAGUUGUAAACAUAUAUUUAAAUAAUAAACUGUAAAAGCAU